GAGGAGGUGACACAGCCUUCUUUUGUCCUAAAGUAGGGAGCCGCACGGGAAGCAGAUGUGUUGAUCUUUGGGGCCCUCCAGGAUGAAUCGCAAGUCCCAUCCUGGCAUGCUGCUGCUGCUGCUGCCCUUUGCUUUAAUCCUGAGUUUCCAUUUGCAAGGCAUAGCCUCCAGAUGUAUUGACACAUUCCUUGGGGAAGACCUUCAGCCACUGCCCCCAGGGGUAGAGAGAUGCUCUUUCCCAAGUGGGAUCCUCAAACCAGAGGUCUCACCACCUGGACUAGGAGGCAACAGCAUUGAAGGGGGAAACUCCCGGAUAGUGGGUGGCAGGCCUUCCGCACCUGGAAAUUAUGAAGGAGGUUCUUUUGCACCCCAUUCCCAAGAAGACAACCCCUUUCAGUUUGGCAGGCCAAAUAGACCUUGGCAGUCUGGCCGGCCAAUGGAACCUGCCUUUGGAGGAGAUCCUGCUCAGGAUGGCAAACCAAGACCAUAUGAUCCUUGGGGUGCUGGACAACAUGAAGGUGGCACUCCUGAAAGGCCACCUUCUGGCUUUACCAUCAAAGAGAACACUCCUGAUGGCCGUCCACGGCCAGUAUGGAAGGAACCUGGUAUCCCCUACAUCCCAUCCCCUAAGGAAUGGGGAGGAAACUAUGUCCCAGCAUCAAAGGCACCCCCUAAAUCUAGGCCCAAUGUACCAUAUGGAGUUUCAUAUGGUGGUGCUGCAGGUUCUCAUGCUUCAGGACCACUCUACGAUGGGGAAUCUAUUGCAUCUGGCCCAAGGGGAACAUAUGACGGCAGUUAUGGCCCCAUACCUGAGGCUUUGCAGCCAGUGGGACAGCAGGAGAAAGACAAUCAGCCUCCGAUAAACCCUUGUGUUCCAAAAUGUUAAGGAAGGCAGGUUGGACUUGACCCUGUGUCCCAGAGACAGGUUGAAUCGGCCUUGGUUUCCUUUCCAUGUUUGGGCAAGAACUUUAUAUUAGGGAGAUAAAUACCUGUCACAAUUAAAUGCAAGCAGAGCAGAGGGGACCUGAACCUACAAAUUAAAGGCUUUUCCAAAUU